AUGUCGUCGGGCGACGCCUCGUCCGCCUCGACGAAACCUCCCAAGGCCAAGCACCCCCUUUCACAAUGCAUGGAGCAGCAGCAGGGCGGGCAGCGAGUGGAGCGGACCUACCCUAUUCACAAGAGUCCCUCAAGGCGAUCCAGCAUCCUCGUGGGCUCCCAGUGCAUGGAGCAGCAGCAGGGCGGGCAGCGAGUGGAACUGACCUACCCCAUCCACAACGGAGUGGUGCAGCGCUGGGACGACAUGGGGCACGUGUGGGACUACACCUUCAACACUGCGCUCAAGAUUGAUCCGUCAGAGAGCAAGAUCCUGCUCACUGACCCGCCGUUGAACCCAACUAAGAACCGCCAGCGCAUGGUGAGUGCAUCAUGGGGUGGGUCACUCGGACUCACGCUCCAAAUGAUUUUUAAGAAGUACAACUUCGACUCCCUCUUCAUCCACCUCACCCUCCCCUACGCCCUUCCUGUACCCCUCCCGCCACUCCCCACUGCAUCUGCAACUGAUGCACCCGCCCUUCCUGUACUUCCUCCCCUACGCCCUUCCCGCCACCCCCCACCGCAGCUGCAAAUGAUGUUUGAGAAGUACAACUUCGACUCCCUCUUCAUUCAGCUGCAAGCCGUGCUGCCACUCUACGCCCAAGGCAUUCUGACAGGGCUCGUAGUGGACUCUGGGGAGAGCGCCACUCACGCAGUCCCUGUGGUGGAGGGCUUUGCAUACCCGCACCUCACCAAGCGGAUCAGCAUAGCCGGCAGGCAGAUCACGUCUCACCUCAUUGACCUCAUGAUGCGCCGCGGGUACGUGUGGUGCUCACUCGUACAGACGUCUCGGUGUUCAUACUUGACUUGGAUUCUAUUGUAA